UUUACCUUGGUAGCAAUGGGUGAAGUUACAAAAUCGGAUAUCGAAGCUCUCACGGCAGCGUUUACCGCUGCCAUCAACACCAUGAACAAUCGGAUGGAUCAGCAGAUUGGAGAAAUUCGUGGGUUGUUAGGAGAGAGAAACAACAACAACAACAACAAUGAUCGGAAUAUAGGCAGGGAGGGAGGCCAGCGAAUUAGGGCUCCACGUAGAGAGGUUGUUGUUCAUACUUCAGAAUCUGAGUCUGAAGAAGAGAUGGUGCAAUAUGAACCACAAGGACAAGCUGACCAAGAUUACAAAGUCAAGGCCGAAAUUCCUUUCUUUUCGGGCAACUUGGGUGUAGAAGAUUAUCUAGAUUGGCAGCUUCAAGUGGAUAGGUUCUUUGAGAUCAUGGAAGUUCCUGAACACAAGCAGGUUAAGCAUGUUGCAUGGAGAUUGAAGAGUACUGCUGCAGUUUGGUGGGAUAAAUUGCAGAACACCCGCAAGAAACAAAGGAAGCAGGGUGUUAAAACAUGGCGAAGAAUGAAGCAGCUGAUGAUGGAGAGGUUCUUACCGGACGAUUAUGAACAGAUUUUGUACAGAUUGUAUAUCGAAUGUGUCCAGGGAACUAGGACAGUGGCUGAAUACACCGCUGAGUUCUUGCGUUACUCGGAGCGUAAUGAAUUAGGAGAAACUGAAGGUCAGAAGGUGGCUCGCUUUGUCAGUGGGCUGAAGCCUUCCAUUCAAGAGAAAAUCGGGUUGCAAACUGUUCAUACUAUGGCAGAAGCUUCAAACCUAGCAUUGAAGGCAGAGUUGUUAGAGAAGCCUUCACGAGCUUCUUCUUUCCAAAGAUAUAACUACCAAAGGAGCACAGAUCUAGUAAAUUCUUCAACUGACAAGGGUAAAACCACACUGCAGAAAACAGAAGGUGCUUUUAGGGCUUCCAAUCCUCCUUUUAAAGGUGUUGGUAGUUCUAGUGGUGCUCAAAAUAGAGCCCCGAAUCAGAGAUUUAAUAACCCUUAUGCUAGACCUACGGGAGAUGUCUGUUAUCGAUGCAACAAGCCUGGACAUAGGUCUAAUGUGUGUCCAGAGAGGAGACAAACUGCUCUUAUAGGUGAAUAUGAUGAAGAUGAAGAAGAAGGAGGAAGAGGUGACGAUUAUGAUGGGGCUGAGUUCGCGGAGGAAGAGUCUCCUGAAAAGGUUAAUAUUGUGUUGCAGCGGGUCUUAUUAUGUCCCAAAGAAGAUGGACAACGACGCAAUAUUUUUAGAUCAUUUUGUUCCGUCAAUAACAAGGUGUGCAAUUUGAUUGUGGAUAAUGGGAGCUGCGAAAACUUUGUAGCCAAGAAACUGGUGGAAUACUUGCAGUUACCUACGCAGCCUCAUGAAGCACCUUAUUCCCUUGGUUGGGUCAAGAAAGGUCCACAAGUUCGAGUUAUUGAUUCUUGCAAAGUACCGGUCUCCAUUGUCAUAAAAUUGCUAUGGCUCCCGUGA